ACGUGUUUCUUGGUGUGUGAAGUUUUAUACGCAGAAUAUUGAAAAAAAAACAUAGAGCGCAGCAGCAUUUUGGUGUACAAGAAAAAGUGGUGCGCGAAACAGGAAUUCUCCUUUGGUCUUCUUCUUCUGCAGCACAAGGCAAGUUAAGCAGCAAUCAAGCUGUGGCUCUACUCUCAAAGUUAUUGUGCUUGCUGUUGCCGGGUAACCAAUCGACAAGGUCACUGCAUAAAAUACCAACAACAACAUUAAAAACAACAACAACAAGAACAAGAACAACUUGACUAUCACUGGAACUAAACGUUGCACGCACCUUGGAGCUUAUUUUAUGUCGCCCUUCUUGACCACCCGCUCAAUUCUAACAAAAAUCGGCUAUGCUUCCAUUGAGGUGCGGGACGCUGGCACUCGGACGCUCUCCAUGCUUCAGAGCACAAAUCCGAAUUUUCGAUCUUUGGACUUAUCGCUAGCGCCAACGGUGUCCGUUUCCCCCUCUUCGAGCAGUGUGCCGACCACGACGAGCGCCGAGGGUUCGCUGAGUGGCUCCACAAUUGUGUUCGACAGCGAGGAUACCUGCGAUACCAAAUUGUUGACACGAACUCGCGCCUACGCGUCCGUUAGCCAACCGCAGAGUCCGCGGCAUCGAUUCCGUUUCACUCCGAACGGGAUGAACGGACGAUCGACAUCGAUAUCGUCGCAGCUGGAGAAGACCAAGAAGCUGCUAAAGAUGACGGAGGGCGAGGAUAAGCCAUUGACCAUAUUGCACUACAACGAUGUCUACAACAUUGAAUCCAUGGGCGAAACUGAGCCAAUUGGUGGCGCCGCCCGCUUUGCCACAGCCAUCAAAAGCUAUGCGCAUCUGAAUCCACUCGUACUGUUCAGCGGGGAUGCCUUCUCCCCAAGCAUGCUGAGCACCUUCACGCAGGGCGAGCAAAUGGUUCCUGUGCUCAAUCAGGUGGGCACACACUGCGCCGUCUUUGGCAAUCAUGAUUUCGAUCACGGUCUGGAUGUGCUGGUCAAGUUGAUCAAACAAACGGAGUUUCCCUGGCUAAUGUCCAAUGUGGUUGACAACGAAACUGGCCGUCCGCUCGGUGGUGGCAAAAUCACCCAUUUCAUUUUGCACAAUCAAAUCUCGAUUGGCCUGAUUGGGUUGGUGGAGCGCGAAUGGCUUGAAACCCUACCCACCAUCGAUCCCACCGAAGUCACCUACAUUGACUAUGUGGAGGCAGGGAAUCGGCUCGCUCGCGAGCUGCGCAACGAGGGCUGCGAUCUGAUCAUUGCCCUGACGCACAUGCGUACACCUAACGACAUCAAUCUGGCCGAGAAAUGCAAUGGCAUCGAUAUCAUCCUCGGUGGGCACGAUCAUGUGCGCGAAGUGACCGAAAUCAAUGGCAAAAUGAUUGUCAAAUCCGGCACAGAUUUCCAGCAGUUCUCCGUCAUAACCAUCGAGCGACAGGCCAACAAUCGCACACAGUUCACCACGGAUGUGAAAUGCGUGGAUGUCACGGCCAAAAUACCUGAGGAUCCCCUGCUUAAGCAGGAACUAGCCAAAUAUGCCAAAUUCAUUGAGAGCAAGUUGUCAGAUGUAAUGGGUAUCUUUAGUGUGGAGCUUGAUGGACGCUUUUCGCGUGUGCGUACCCAGGAAACGAAUCUGGGCAAUUGGGUGUGCGAUGUCGUCUUGGCAGCUGUGGGUGCCGAUGUGGUUAUAUUAAAUGGUGGCACCUUUCGCUCGGACCGCAUACAUCCCGUGGGCCCAUUCACAAUGGGCGAUCUGGUUAAUGUAAUACCCAUGCGCGAUCCAUUGAUACUGGUGGAGGUGACGGGCAGAGUGCUGUGGCAGGCAUUGGAGAAUGGCGUGUCCGCAUAUCCCAAGCUGGAGGGUCGCUUUCCACAGGUGGCAGGCAUUAGUUUUGCAUUCGAUCCGCAAGGGGAGCCGGGCAAACGCAUAGAUCCCCAACUCAUACAGGUGGGCGAUGAGUAUCUGAACUUGGAGCAGACCUACAAGCUGUGCGUCAAGAGCUACUUAUUCAUGGGCUGCGACGGCUACACAAUGUUCAAAGAAACCAAAGUGCUGAUGGAUGACGAUGCGUGUCCAGAGCUGGGCAUAACGCUGCAGAAUCAUUUCAAGGCCAUUAAUUCGCGAAAGUGUGGCCAGAAUACAAAGCAUCGACAGUCGCUGGUGACACUGUCACGUCGGCAUAGCCUCGUGCAAUGCCUUGACAGUCUGGAUCUCGAUGGUCCAUCGCCCAUACGCAAACUAUCUGUGGGUCAUCACAACAAGUCUCUGGAUCUGACCCAUGGCAAUUCACAGAAGAUGCUGCGUCGCGCCUCGCUGGAUGAUCUGGAGCAGUCCACAUGCGAUCUAGCACCUCAGCUGGAGCACCGCAUUGUUAUGAUACAGAACGAAGAGCAUUAUCGUCAGCUGCUGUUCAAGAAGGAUGCGCAGAUUAUGAACUCAACCAUUACCGAGGCGGAGGACGAUUACAAAUGUAGGCAACUUGAAACGAGUUGUAGGGCAGUAACCGAUUUGGAAAGACAUAUGUGAGUUAAGGAAGUACAGUUAGUAGUCCAAGUUUAGUUAUGCAUCGAUGGAGAUCGUCUUAUUUAUAAAUAUAAUUAGGUCUGAUAUGAUACGAUACGUUAUUUAUUGAUGUUGUUAUUAUUAUAAUUAAUUUUUUAUUAAGUUUGAUUAAAAACGAUUUAAGACUUCUUUAAAGACGGCAACAGAAACCAACGCGAAGUUGAUAUUGAUAUUAAUAUUGUAUGUACCUAAAGUUUAACAUAAGUUUAGAUAAAUUACUAAAUUAAGUUGAUGCAAAGAUAAAAGAUUUUAAGACACAUACCUUUGAUUUAUAUAUAUUUAUGGUUUUAUCAUACACAACCUGAGACGAGCUUCAAAAAAUUGUUAAAAAAAAACACACACCCACACAAAGGUAUAUAAAAAUUGUACACGCAGAAAUUCCGUCAAAACAUUUCCAGUUAGACUCUUCUCAGCAAUGGUUGUAGCAGUAUUUUGUAUGUAUUUUAGUUUUAUGUUCUCUAAGUAAACUCUUAGCUAGUGUGCAUGGGUCCGGUUCGGGUAAUGAUAUUAGAGGAAAGCAAGCAAUAUUUUCGAGAGCUACACAAAUGUGUUUAGGAUAUUGGAUGUAGGUAUUGUAUGAGCAUAUAUAUAUAUGUAUAUUUUAUGGCCAUUUUAGGAGUGCUGUAAACUGUUUUGAAAACAAUGCAAUCAUUAACUAUAUAUACACAAACACAAUUGAAUCAGUACAUAAUCUAAAAGAUUUUUAAACCAGAAAGGGAAAGACCCACAACGUUUUGGCAAUUGUUCCUUAGCCAAGCAACAAAGUAGCAUACCUUUCCAAAAAUAAACUAUAUGUAAAACAUAGUAAAUGCAGUGGCGCAAAAUUUUAGACAAAUGCAAUUGAAUUGCCAACUAUAAAUACAACAUA